UUCUUCUUCUCCUUCUCCUUCUCCUUCUCCUCCUCCUUCUGCGCGCCAUGGCUUCAACAGCUUCACCUCCUCAGGCCUCGUUCUCUCUCUUCGCGGGGCGAAGAAGGAGCACCGCCAGCACACGUAUUGCACGGGGCGCGCGCGUUCCGGGACGCCGCCGUCUGCGGGUUUUCGCGGCGCAGGGCCCCCGAGAGCGGCAGCAACCGCCGCCGGGGGUGGACACGAGGAUCCACUGGGAAAACGAGGACGAAGGAUGGAUCGGCGGCGACAGCUCGGGGUCGAAGGAGGGUGAGAAGCAGUUGGGUGCGGAGGAGGAGAAGCAGAGGAAUCUGCUAGGGGAGAAGUUCGCCGAUUUGCUCAACGAGUCCUCGGAUUCCCACUACCAGUUCCUAGGAAUUUCAGCCAGUGCUGAUCUGGAAGAAAUCAAAGCUGCUUACAGGAGGCUAUCGAAAGAGUACCAUCCGGACACGACUUCCCUUCCAUUAAAAACUGCAUCGGUCAAGUUCUUGAAAUUGAGGGAAGUUUACGAUGUGCUGAGCAACGACGAGAGCCGGAGAUUCUAUGACUGGACGCUCGCGCAGGAGGCCGCGAGCCGACAAGCGGAGAAAAUGAGGAUGAGGCUAGAGGAUCCUUACGAGCAGGAUUUACAGAACUACAAACCCGUGCCGGAUAUGGUCGACCGGCUUGGCGGGAGGAACCUGGAUUUGAGUGACCAGGCCAUGUCUGCUCUCACAUUCGAUGUGUUUAUCAUCAUCUUUGCAAUAUGCAGCAUCAUUUAUGUUGUAUACUUUAAGGAACCGUAUUAUUAGGUGGUUCUUGAAAAGUUUUAUGUACAUUACAGCAACUCUCGCUAUUUUGAUCAUUCUAUAAAUAGCAUGACCGAACUCCUCUCAAUCAAA